GAGAAGUAGAAAAACGAUCUGCUCCUAAAGCUCUCUCUGGAGAUGAUGUUUUAAACCAGUUGUCCAGUUUGGAAGACGUGAAAUUUGGUAAGACCAAAAAAAAAACAAAAAUACGAAAAAAGUAAAGGGAUUCAUAACUGGAGGAAGAAGAGCAUUUUUUUCAAACUUCCUUACUGGAAAAAUAAUUUAAUACGCCACAAUUUAGAUGUGAUGCAUAUUGAAAAAAAUGUUUGUGAUAAUAUCAUUGGGACAUUAUUAGAUAUAUAAGGAAAGGCAAAAGAUAAUUUGAAUGCUAGUCGUGAUUUGAAGGAAAUGGGUAUAAGGAAAGAUUUGCACGCAACUCAAAAGGAUGGAAAAUGGUAUUAUCCAGCGGCAUGCUAUUCUUUAUCACCAGAUGAGAAGUCUAAAGUAUGCAAGUUCUUGAAAAUGGUUAAGGUUCCAGAUGGUUAUUCUUCCAAUGUAUCACGGUGGGUGAAGUUAAAGGAUCGUAAAGUUUAUGGAAUGAAGAGUCACGAUUCUCAUAUUCUGUUGGAACAGUUGCUUCCUCUUGCAAUUCGCGGAGUCGUGCCAAACAAUGUCUAUGAUGCUAUCACCGAGUUAAGUAUUUUCUUCAGAGAGUUGUGUUCAAAAACAUUAAGGGUUGAUGUUUUGGAUCAACUUGCAGCUCAAAUUCCAAUAACAUUAUCCAAAUUAGAAAAAAUAUUUCUACCAACAUUUUUUGACGUUAUGGUGCACUUGGUCAUUCAUCUCCCAACAGAAGCUAAGGUUGCUGGACCUGUACAAAACAAGUGGAUGUACCCAAUGGAGCGAUUAAUGGGCAAAUGGAAAUGUUACGUUCGUAAUAGAAAUCAGCCUGAAGGAUCUAUUGCAGAGGGGUAUAUUGUUGAAGAAAGUCUAAUAUUUUGUUCAAGAUAUUUACAUUGUGGCGCGAAUGGAUAUAAUCGAAUGGACAAAAAUUACGAAGGUGAUCAUGUUGAGUCAUACAGUGGAUUAUCAAUAUUUGAACAAAAGGGUUGUCCGUUAUUAAGAGAUACAUCCAAAAAUCUUGAAGAGUUUGAGCAAAAACAAGCUCAUCUUUAUGUCUUGAGAAAUUGUGAAGAAGUUCAACCAUUUCUACGAGAGUAUGAGCAGAACAAUCGGGACAUGAACUUCGAUGAUUGGUUUUCCAAUCGAAUUGUACAAAUGCGCAGAGAAGGGAAUUCACUUGCAAGUUGUGAAUUGUAUUCUUUGGCUAGAGGCCCUUUUAAUGGAGUUCAAAGAUUCAAGGGUUAUGAAAUAAAUGGUUUCAGGUUUCACACUAAACUACUUGAGGAAAAUAGGGUGAAGCAAAAUAGUGGGGUUUUAGUAAGAGGAGUAGUGAAUGGUCAAAAUAUUAAUUACUAUGGUGUUCUAACUGAAAUAGUAGAACUUCAAUACUUCAAAAGUAAGCGGGUUGUUUUGUUUAAAUGUGACUGGUGGGACGUUGAUCACAUAGGAAGAGGAGUGAAAAUAGAUAAACAUGGUGUUGUUAGUGUCAAUACUAAGCGAAAACUAGCAACAAAUGAACCAUUUGUGCUUGCAUCUUAAGCAGAACAAGUUUUUUAUAUCAAGGAUAAUCUUCAUCCAAAUUGGUCAAUUGUCUUGAGUGGUCAUUCUACUUAUUUUACUGGAGCUGUUGUAGGUGAAGAUACUUUUCAACAAGAUGCUUGUAAUGAUUUCUUGUGUACAUUUGAGGAAGAUGAAGACUUUAUAAACUGGGGAAGAAAUAAUCUUGAUGUUAUCAGCACUGAUGUUGCUUUAGCUGAUGAUAUUAUUGACGACAUCGAAUCGGAGCCUGAAACCGAUGAUGAAGAUUUGUUAUUGUGAACAUUUGAAAAUCUUAUAUGGAUAUGGCUUAUACUAAAUUGAUGUUAACAAGUUAACUUAUUUCUUGAGGGAUGAUGUUUAUUUCUUUAUUAUAUUGAGUUAUUCUGAUUGAAUAUGAGUUAAUAUUUAGUAAUGUUGAGUUGAUAAUUUUGAUUGGAUUGAGUUGAAAUGUUAUUUUCUACCGGGUGUAUGUUGAUGGAUU